AGAGAGAGAGAGAGAGAAUCAAUCCCUCCAAAUUAGCCCACACCAAACCACAGCAAAUGUCCACCCCUCCUGUCCAUCCUUUGCCUCUUUCCCCAAAACCUAGCCAACCUGUAUCCUCCCACGACAGACCAAUGGUCCCCCGCCACGUGUCGCCACGCCCCACAUCCCUUUGCUCUUGAUCAUAAUGGCUGACAGCCCCACCAGCAACACUCAGUAGCCCAAGCUCAAGCAGAAAAAGAAAGGAUCGAUACUCUCUCCAUAGCUGGCGAUGUUCAAGAAAAGGCAUCAUUUCUUGAUCAUUAGAAUGGUGUCUUCUUGGUUCGUGUCAUCGGCAAUCAUUGUGUCCUUCCUGGCCCUGCCUUCGCAAUCUCUUGCUUCCAAGCAGCUCAACUCAGCGACGCUGCCCGCCACCGCGAUCUCGUCCCCGCCGGCCCUGUCGUCGGACCCCCUCGUGCUGCCUUUCCAAGGGCUCUCGCCGGACAUCGCCCCUCUCCUGCCCUCCCCAGGUGCCGCCGUGCCGGCCUCCGGCGGGUCCUCCUCCAUCCCCACCAUCCCCUCCACUCCGAGCCCACCGAACCCGGACGAUGCCCCUCUCGGCCCGGCGGUUGCGCCGGAGGACCCGUUGAUGGCUUCCUCCGCAAUUCGCACGAAGCCGAUCGUAGCCAUGAAGGUGGUCGCAUUUUCUAUUUGGGCAGCAUCUUGGGCAAUGCAGCUUCUGAAAAUGUGAGCUUCUUUUCUUUAUUAUUUAUUUAUUUCUCUUUUCGGGUAAUUACUAGGAAAAUUAGAUUAAGAUGGGUGUGCUGGGUGCUCACCAGUUCAUUGAAAAGCCAUCACAUUCAUUACUUUCAUAAUGUAAUUUAGAUUUUAUGUACAUCUACUCCCUCUUUUGUGCAGUAAUUAGCUCCUU